AUGAUCCCGAUCAGACCCCGCGGUGGUGUCUCGCCACGUUCUAGCAUACAAGCCGUUCCUGAAGCUUCACAGUCUCGGGUCGUCCCGAAGCCGGUUGCGGAACAGGAGACCAGGGACACACGUGGCUAUCAGAUCCAGCAACUCAGACGCCGUUUUUCACCAAAGGAGACCGAGGUCGAGAACGGAGAGCUCUCUCUUCAGUUCAACUUGACUCCUUCCGACCCAGACUUCCCCUUUGACCUAAACCAUCUGGAGUGCGACCUCCGGGUCCCAGCGGCAUACCCAAAGAAGCCAGCACAACUCCUGGUCCGGAACAAAAACAUCCCUCGAGGGUUUGCUAUCAACAUCGAAAGGGGUUGGGAUGUUUUACUUCAGGAGAAGCGUGGUGCCACGCUGCUCUCCUUAAUUUACGCUCUCGACAGGAGGCUAGAGUCCUUGCUGUCCGAGCAGAAGGCGGAAACAGUCAAAUUGACGAUAUUCAAGGAUACACGGCACUUGGACGCCAAAGGGGCGGCUGAACCCUCGGAACAGCUUACCAACCCGGUCACUACAACCCCAGUCAGCCGGCCGUACAUAUAUGAGGAAUCAUAUUCGGAGGCCCAGAUUGCCGAAGCUAAAGCACGCCGAGCACAGGAUGUGCGCCAGCUGGAAACCCGCAUGAGCCGGCUUCCCGCCUAUCAAAAGUCUAGCGACGGCAUCAUUUAUACCUUGUCCCUGGAGCCAAGACGCAGAGCAAGCCUCCCGACUGGACUUCAAGCAAUCCAGUCCGUCCAGCUUAUCAUCCCACUUCUUUACCCCCUCCAACCUUUACGAGUCAUUUUUAACGACGUCGAGUCCGACGAUGCGGAGCCGGUUGAAGAAUUGUUUGCGCAGAAGGCAGCCGAACAGAAGGAGAUGUCCUUGACCAGCCACCUGAACUAUCUGGCCCAGAAUUUACACUCUCUAGCAAAGCAAGCACAAAAGCCGUUGGAAACGGGCGCCCCAGUCACAGUAACACCCAGCACCGCGCAGCAGGAAGCUGCGGAGGCCGAACACACCUCGAUACUAGACGAAGGCAAGGGGCAUGUCCUCGUCAUUCCCCGUCCCCCUGAAUGGACGACUGGCGAUGAUUCCGACAACUCCCAGGACGACUCAUACGACGAGGAUGACGAGGAAGGUGGCGUACCCAUUGAGCUAGGGGCUGCCGGUUCGAGCCUGCCUACUCAAACCCCUGAAAGAGGCACUGCAAUGUCGUUCCCAUCCAUCGAGCUCCACGGGGUUGAGCUGCUCCAGGUUUCGGUCCUCAACCUCAACAUCAAGUGCGACCGAUGCAAGACCAUCAAUGAGAUAACUGGCUUGAAAGACAAUCUCGAAAAGGCUGCUAGCUGCAAGAAAUGUGCCACCGCCUUCACCGUCCGCUUCCGUCAGGAGCUUGUUCAUCAGCACUCGACACGCGCUGGCUUCAUUGACGCAACCGGCUGUACCGUAGCCGACCUCCUCCCUAGCACUUUCAUCCCAACCUGCUCCACCUGCUCCACCCCCUCCGCCUCAGGCCUAACCUCCGUCCGCGGCGAAACCACCACCAACAUCUGCCGCGAAUGCCACGCCCGCUUCACCUUCUCCCUCCCCGACGUCAAAUUCCUCGCCUACCUCCCCGGCAGCAGCAGCACCCGGCUCCCACCAACCACGGGCCCCCGCCGGCGACAAGAGAAACUAGGUCUGCACGCGGGCGAGCCGUUGCCGGCGCGCGGCGCGUGCGGACACUACCGGCGGAGUUUCCGGUGGUUUCGGUUUUCGUGCUGUGCGAAGGUGUACCCGUGUGAUCGGUGUCAUGAUGAGAAGGAGGCGCAUGUGAAUGAGUGGGCGAAUCGGAUGGUGUGUGGGUGGUGUAGUCGGGAACAGAGGUAUAGUGUGGAAAGCUGUGGAUUCUGUGGUAGAAGCGUGAUUGGGAAACGAGGCAAAGGGUACUGGGAAGGUGGUAAGGGUACCAGAGACCAGAGGCUGAUGCGGAGGGGAGACAAGCGGAAGUACAGACGGCUAGGCAUAGCUAAAAAGGACGAUUAA